AUGGGACAGCCUGCCAGUGCUCAAAACACUAGACCAGUUGGGGCUCUUCCUAGUGAUACUGAGCCUAAUCCUAAAGCUCAAGUCAAUGCGCUAGUUGAGGGGAAUGAGAAAGAUGAUAAAGGACCCGAGCCAGUAAUUGAGAUAAGGCCACCACCUCCGUUUCCACAAAGACUGCAGAAGCAAAAAGAUGAUGCUAAGUACAAGAAAUUCCUAGAUAUUUUGAGCCAAGUGAGUGUGAAUUUGCCUUUGGUGGAAAUUUUGCAGGAAGUGCCUAAGUAUGCAAGGUAUCUCAGAGCUAUUGUGGCAAACAAACGAAGACAUGCAGAGUUCGAAACAGUUGCACUUACUGAAGAGUGCAGUGCCAGAGGUCAGAGUAAACUUCGUCCUAAGUUGAAGGGUCCUGAGAGUUUCACAAUUCCUUUGUCUCUUGGAAAACAAGAAGUUGGUAGAGCCCUGUGUGAUUUGGGGACUAGUAUAAAUUUGAUGCCAUCCUCUUUGUUCAAGCAACUCGGAUUAGGGGUGCUUAGACCUACUACAAUCACUUUACAGUUAGCAGAUAGGUCACUAGUCAUGCCAGAAGGAAUUAUUGAGGAUGUGUUAGUUCGAGUGGAAAAGUUUAUUCUUCCUACUGAUUUUAUUGUUCUUGAUUACGAGGCAGAGGAGGAAGUGCCCGUUAUUUUGGGGCGACCAUUCUUAGCUACUGGUGGAGCAAUUAUUGAUGUGAGGGCAGGGAAGUUAAAAAUGAGAGUUGACGAUGAGGAGGUCACUUUUAAUGUGUACAAGGCACUUAAGCUCCCUAAGCAUUAUGAGGACUUGUGCAUGAUUACUGUGGUCGAAUUGAAGGGAAUAGAGCAGAGUCAGUAUGUGAAUUAUAGUGAUCUAGAUGGGACAACUGAGUUAGAGGAGGUGGUGUUUCAAGCUGAGUGUGUAAAGACGAUUGCGAAAAGAGCCAGAGAUGAAAGAAGGAGACCUUCCGAGAGUGUGCAAAAAGGCUAG